AUGUCACUGAUGAUUCUCACAUGUGUCUUUCGUGGAAUAGAAUUGUUUGACGUAGUGGUACAUACAAAUGUGAGAUAAUAAUCAGAGUGGUUUUUCUCUACGUUAUAGGUAUCGCGGAUUGUAGUAUUUUAUAGUGUGGACGUGCUUUUGGAUCAGGUUGUUUAUCUGGAUGUAGCUAUAAUAAUAUUAGUGAAACAGUACAAUUACGUCCUGAAUGAGAAGAAGUUGAAAGAACUUUUAAACGAAAUCGUGGCCGAUCGCCUGAUGGAACGUCCGAAGGAGGAACUGGAGAUUCUCAAUACGUACUACAGGAAGGCGAUAAUCUUCUCCUUUAUAUAUAAAGGUAACAAAGAAUAA